UCUUCUUCUUCUCCUGCGUGCUAGUGAACCAGGAGUCCAGCAGCUUCUUGCUGUAGUAGAGUUGCCAGCCAUGCACCUGCGCGGCCACCACCACCACCAGGUACAUGACAGAGACGGCCGAGAAGCCGAAGAUGAAGCGGUGGAGGCGGCUGCUGGGCCCCAAGGAGACGCUGAGGCUGCUGGAGGGCUCCGUGGUGCACCGCGAAGGAGCCCUGCUGGCACUGAACAAGCCCCCUGGCCUCCCCGUUCUGGGGCGUCCUGGGGACCUGAGCCUGGAUGCGCUGCUGCCGGCACUGAGACGACGCCUGGGCCUCCCUGCUGAGCUCCACGUGGUGAAGGCUCCUGCCAGGGAGUAUUCUGGCCUUGUCCUCCUGUCCAGCUGCUACCAUACCACUAAGAAGCUCCAACAGUUCUUCACCGAUGCUCGUUGCAGAGGCCAGUACCCUGCCACGUAUCGUGCCAUCACCGUGGGAGUCCCGGCAGAGGUGGAGGGUGAAAUCUCUGCAGGGCUGAGCUGGCAGCAGCAGGGGGACAGAGCCAUGGUGGUGCCAGUCCCAGCCCCAGGACGCCGCAGCCUGGCCAGGAAGGAUGUAAAGAGCACCCUGACACGCUACCGGGUGCUGAGUGCCGUGGGGGGCUGUGCCCUCCUCCAGCUCCAGCCCAGGACGGCCUUCCCAGAACAGCUCCAGGUGCACCUGACGCUGCUGCUGUGCCCGGCCCUGGGUGACCACAAGCACUCCUCCCGCGUGGGCAGGGUGCUGGGAGUGCCCUUCUUCCUGAGCCCCGAGUCUGCCCCGACCCACACUCAGGUCCUGGACGAGGAGUUGCUGUCCCAGCUGGGGCUUUCUCCACGGCAGCUCCAUCGCCUCCCACUCCACAUCCACCUGCAGGAGCUCGUGCUGCCUGAGGGCCCCCUCUGUGCCCCCCCACCACCGUACUUCCUGCACACUCUGCGCUGUCUGGGGCUGCCUGAGCACUAGGAGCCCUAUAGUGCUGCCGUGGACACCCACUCCACCCUUCUGCUCUCUGCCACCCCAUUAAAAUCCCCCCCGUUGC